GUGUGCACGCGUGCCUGGGUGUGCACGUGUGCAGGCGUGUACAGGUAUGGGUGGGGUGUGCACGUGUGCAGGCGUGUACAGGUUUGCAGGUAUGGGUGGAGUGUGCAUGUGGAUACAGGCAUGCACACGCUGCAGGUGUGCACAGGUGUGCACGUUCACGUGUGGGCCCCUGUGCAUGCCGUUACACAGGUACAGAUGGGAGGGCACAUGUAUGCAAGCACCUGUGGCUGUACCUGUGUGUGCCUGUACCUGUGUGUGGGUGUGCAGGUGUGGUGGGUAUCCCUACCCUGCAAUUGUGCACACACGUGAGUGUGCCUGUGUGUGGCUGUACCUCUGUGCACCUCUGUGUGCCACCAGCCAGCUCUGUGGCUGUACCUGUGUGCACAGGUAUACAUGUGUGUGUGUGUGGCUGCACCAUGUGCAUCACUGUACCUGUGUUUGUAUGGGAUGUGGAGUGUGCAGCUGGUGGUUCCUGCAUGUGCAGGUGUGUGCAGGUGUGUGCACAUCUGUGCAGCUGUGUGUGUGUGCAACUCUCCAUGUGUGUGCCUGCAACAGCCACUGUAUGAGUGCACAUGUGUACCUGUGUGUGCAGCUGCACUUCUGGGUGUGUCUGCAUUCAAGGGCACACAGACAUGCGCACAGAUGUGCACACAGCUCACACACGUGUGUGUGUGCACUGCUCACACCUGAGCACACAGCUCCAGCCAGACACACACAUGUGCACACACAGAACACUCACACGCCCCCUGUGCCACUCUGUGCUGCCUCUUAUCCAAGUGCACACCCUAAACCUCCACACCCCCACACGCUGUCACACAUCCCACACCUGCACACACCUGCACACACCUGCACACCCCCACUGCCGAGCUGUGAGCACACCCCACCCCACAGGCACCCACUCUGCUCACAGCUGUGCACACACAGCUGUGCCCACCCUCGUGUGCAAGCACACACACACUGUUGACAUGUGCACACCCACCUGCACACCAAGCACACACACUCAGGUACCCCCCCUGCUCAUUAUGCACACCCACCAUCACACACGCCCCCAUGCAGACACACCUGUGCACACACACUUAGGUACCUCCCACUGCCCAUGUGUGCACACCCACCCCAAGCACACACACCUGUGCACACACACUCAGGUACCCCCACUGCUCAUUGUGCACACCCACCAUCACACACACAGCUCACACCUGCACACACACAGGGCUCACACCUGUGCGUGCACACCCUCCUCCCCAUCCACUUACACCUGUGUACCUGCAGGGCACCCAUACCUUAAGGACAGGUGAGGUUCUGAGGGGCCUCGGGGGAGGCAGCAGGGGGAUAACGGGGAUGGACAGGGCCAGACCCCACCCCAGAGCAUUCACCCCUCCCUCCCACCAGCACCACUGGGGUCACAGCUGUCACACCUGCCAUGGGCACCACAGGCAGCCCGGCUGUCCUGGCACCAGGGGUAUCAGAGGUGUCACAGGUGUCACAGGUGCCAUGGGGCUAUCCCAGCCACCAGGGGUAUCAGGGGUGUCACAGGUGCCAUGGCCACCAGGGGUAUCAGAGGUGUCACAGGUGUCACAGGUGCCAUGGGGCUAUCCCAGGCCCCAGGGGUAUCAAAGAUGUUACAGGUGCCAUGGGCACCAGGGGUAUCAGAGGUCCCAUGGCCACCAGGGGUACCAGGGGUGUCACAGGUGCCGUGGGGCUGUCUCAGGGACCUGGCCUGUCUGGGAGUCCCCCGGGGGGGCAGAGGGGUGCUGGCAGUGCCAGCUUCCUGGGG